ACUGCUAUCUCGUCUAUGCAUUAGGCCUUCCCUAUCUAGUCUGAAUAAGCUAUUAUUGCUAGUAUACAGCUAAGCUAAGCUCCCUUUGUGUUGUUUAAAGGCGUAAGUAUUGUUUGCAAUGCAUAUUGACUACAAGCACAUAUUACCAUUAUGCGAUUUACGCAUCUGAUUCUGUAUUAAUAUUUCCAGGAAACUGAGAUCAAACCAUGAAUAAAAUUGUUAAAGACAAAAAUAAACCGAAAGGACCAAUGUCGGCAUAUGCCUGCUUUGUCCAAGUUAUUCGAGAAGAACACAAAAAGAAACAUCCUGGUGAACAGAUAGUAUUUUGUGAUUUUUCAAAAAAAUGUGCGGAACGCUGGAAGCUGAUGACACCAAAAGAAAAGAAACGAUUCGAAGAUUUGGCCGCCAUGGACAGAGAACGAUUCAACCGAGAAAUGAGUGACUAUGUUCCUCCAGAUGGCAUAAAAAAAGGGAAAAAACGAAAGGGUCCUAAAGACCCCUCGGUGCCUACACGAGCAUGGUCUGCCUUCUUUUUCUUCUGUGAUGAGUUUCGUGCCAAAGUCAGGGAAAAUAAUCCAGAUUGGAAAGUUGCUGAUGUUGCCAAAGAACUUGGUCGUCAAUGGGAGACUUGCCAAGAUAAAGCCAAAUAUGAACUUCUAGCUCAGAAAGACAAACAGCGCUAUGAAGAAGAUAUGAUAAAAUACCGAGCAGGUACAUAUGUCCCAGCGCGAAAAAAAGUUGCCGGUUCAGUCUCAAACUCCACAUCGUUAGCAGGAUCUGAAACACAGAAUCCAGAUUGCAGUACAAUUACAAGUGGCGUUGGUGAUGAGAAUGGUGCAGAACUAGAGGAUGAAGAUGAUGGUGAACCUGACGAGGGUGAGGAAGAGUGAAUUUGAUCAGAAACAAUAAUAGGUUUUUUUUGUUGAGUUCCAUACACUUUGAUAACUCAAUUGUACAGGUUUUAUUGCAUUUAUGAUGUUUUAAUCCCCUAUCCUCAACUUCAGUUCCUUUCUAAACUUUGUAUACAUUGGUUUUUCUUGUUAUUUUUGUAUCAUUCAUAUGCUGAAUGUACAUUAGUAAUUCUGUUUUAACUUUCUUUUAUUGUGUUACGUGAGAUUCUAACACAUUAUUCUUAUUCUUAUUGUCCAUUAUUGAAUGUUAAGUUAUUGUAAUUUGAAAAUGUUUCUGUUACUUUA